UGGGACAUGGCGCCACAUAUUGUUAAUGCCUAUUACAAUCCUCGAGAAAAUCAUAUUUACUUCCCCGCUGGAAUUCUACAAAAACCGUUCUACGAUGCAAACUUCCCAUUAGCUUUAAAUUAUGGCGGAAUAGGCGUUGUCGUUGGCCAUGAAAUCGCUCAUGCAUUUGAUAGACAGGGAUCCAAAUUCGAUGCCAAGGGGAAUUUGCGUCAGUGGUGGAGUGAAAGCACGCGGGUUGAUUUCGAGAAAAACAGCGAAUGUUUGGUUCGACAAUACGGCAAUUACACUGUCCUUGGAAAGAAUAUUGAUGGACAGCUGACUCUAAGCGAAAACAUCGCCGACAAUGGUGGAAUAAAGGCUGCAUAUAGGGUACGAUUCAACCUUUACCGUGAAUCUCAAUUGCCUACUUAA